AUGACAAUGACAUCCUUAGUCGCCCCUAUAUACCACGCCUCGGGGCUCGAUUCCCAGCAUCGAAUCUGCGCUGCCUUCACGGGUAAAGGAACUUCAUCCGAAAAGAACCACAAUUUCUCCUUCCGUCCCACCGGUGGAGACGGCCAGUCAGGGUAUUUCCGUCGAAACCUAGAAUACCUCGCCGGCCAGCUUGCAUUCGACUGCGGGCGUUUGACCUGGCCCAAUGGAGGCUGGCCGCAUUCCGGACAGGCCAUCAUAGCGGAGAACUUCGAAUGGGUCGCCAACAAGCGCACGGGCGGGAUCAUGCCCGUCGAACCACAGAAUGAGCCGACAGCAGUGACGUAUGAUGGGAUCGUCACCCGGUCGCCUCGUUUUGUGCUUGGAGUUCAAGGCGCGGAUUGUCAGUCGAUAUUUUUGUACGAGCCGGAGGCGCAAGUGAUUGGCCUGGCGCAUGCGGGUUGGAAGCCACUGGGCCGGGAAUAG